UUGACUGUGUAUCAAAGCGUCAGAGAGAUAGAGCCCUGAAGAUUUGUGCAUUUAGCGAUCAUAGCAGUGUGAAAUGCUUCCCUCUUGGAUCAGAAGUAAAGAAGAAGGGAUAGUAAGCGACCACUGACUGCCACUGACAGUAGAGGCCGAGUCAUUUCGGGAGGUUGAAGAUGUGUGUGAGGCGAGAAGGCUGACAAGAUUCAGAAAAGGGGAGAAGGAGGACAGUAACUUGGUGUGUUUGACGUUUGGGGGGGAAUUGCGGGAAGGAUAACUGUAAUGUGGAGGAGUGCAAAGUGCCUGCACUGAGAGGGAAAUCACCAUACGGGAUCAGCACAGUGCCCAAAAAGAAUUAAGGAAGUAAAAGUGAAUAAGAUCAGAGCAGAAAAGGGAUUUUCAUACGCUGAAGCUGCUAAGAGUAUGGAGAGAAAUGGUGGCAGUGCAAAAGGAAAAGGAGCAGAAAGGGAAUGGAGAUGAUCAGAGCAUCUAUAUGGACAAGAAACGAUUUCUGGCAUUUAUUGCCAUGGUUAUAAAUUGUGCGGCUGAAAUAAAGGGGAAGUUGGAAAGGAUUAAUUUGGUGCUGGACGCUGCAAGAAGGUUCUUGAAUGUUGUGGACAUUUCUGGAGAAGAUCUGGAUGUUACAUUGAAGGAAGGAGUUGCACCAACUCAGACAACUGGGUCUGGGAUAUAGAAUGGACUAAUGUCAUGGGAUCCCUUUGGGUGGACAGAGUAAAUAGUUUACACUGUGAAGCUGUUACAAUCCAGUAGGUGGCGAUAAUGCACACUUAUGGAUGCCAAUCGCCAUCAAACUCAACCGAAGAAGAAGAAGCGUGGAGAGGCGUCGUCCACGCUCUGUAUACAGUCUAUGGUCGAGAACUGUCUCUUGCAGUGUUUUGUUUUCUUUUUUGACUUUGUCCAUCUCAGAAGAGACUGGGUCCCCUCCAUUUCAGUAAGAUACUACAUCACCUCCUUCCAGCGUAGUUAAAACUCAGCUGGAACUAUCGUGUUAAAAAUGGAGUCGAAGUUGAAUACAAAAAAUAAUGGACCAAUGGACAAAGUUAUCAAGGAAGAUACAGACAACCAGGAUGGGGAAAGCAGUCAACCUCCCAAUGUACAACCUGAUGCAGAGCACUGUGAUAAACCGGAGACCUCUCCGGGGUGUACUGCGCAUCUCACCCAAUGUCAGCCAGGACCGGCCCCCCGCAACCCUCUGGUGAAAAAGGUAGAGGAGCCACAUGCCACCCAUUCUUUGGAGUGGUGCUCGGGUGACAAGAUAUUCACUGUAUGCAAUAAAGCAGGAACUGUUGGGGACUUGCUGAAGACAAGUCCAGAGUUUAGAGAAAUUGCAGGAAAGAACAAAGACAAAGAGCUUGUGAUUAGAAGAGAUCGGAGAGCUAUCAGUUCACACUUCCCAUGCAGCUUAAAUAAAAAUGAACGUCUGACUGUCACGUACAUUAAAGCUGUAGACAAGCCGAAGCAGUCACAUGAAAAUCGUGGCCCUGUUCAUCCCAAAAGAAAGAGGCCAUCUGGCGAGCUUGUGAUGUUUCAUGUACUGGCUAGGGGAGGUAAAGAUGUAGUGAAAAUCAUGAGAAACCCAGCACUAGAAACACAGAUUCAGGAAAUUACUGUUUAUGCAUACAAAGGGGAAAGAGUGAAGCAAGCUCUGAGAAGAGGUGGUCAUUUACACGAUAAAGCAUUCAAAAAGAACUGUGUGCUCUCUAACACAAGCACUAAAGCAAUCACUGAAAUGUCCAAUCUUGUUGAUGAUCUUGAUGGUAAAAGUUUCAAGAUCAUACUGUUCAAUAAGUCUAGUCCACCAGAUAGUCAGCCUAGCAGUCUUGAUGCUUACAUGAUGCAAAAUGAUUCUCAGAGAUCUGACUCUGAUGGAAACCAAGAUCCUCCACAGCAGUCCACCACAACUGAGUCAGUGAAUGACAACACACCGAAAAAGAAACCAAAGCUAAAUAGUGAUAUGGCACCAAAAUACCAGAUAUUAGGUGAAAUACCUAAUUCAAAAACGAUGCAGGGUAGCCUGUCUUCACAGUUUAGUGAUUUGGUUAAAAGGAUGAAAACUCAGCAAGGGUCUAAGCGUUCUCCUAUCCGUAAUCUCUUCCGUGUGGAGUAUGGAAAGAAUGCUCAGACAUGCAGGGAAGUGAAAACAAUGAAGAAACUGAUGGAUCUCAGUAGCUCUGUUUGCCAUGUGAGAAUAAAUAGGAGAGCAGGCGGAAGUGGCUUUCUCCUAUUUGACAAGUUUGUCCUCACAAAUGGCCACGUAGUUAAAAACAUUUAUAAUGCGAGUACAGGGCAGCUUAAUGAGAAGGUCACUGUCCAUUUCUCUUUUGAAAGUCUAGACCCGAUGGAUGGAGGGCAAGAGUCAGGAGCAGCAGUGGAAGAUGUCGUUGGCUUUGAACACUGGCUUGAUGGUUCAGGGCACGAGUAUGACUGGGCUUUGUUAAGGCUCGGUGGUGAUCAGAAAUUGCCUGAUUGUCUGUUAACGCACUUCGGAUUCCUUCCCCAAAGUGGUGGAAUUUGCAUUAUUGGGCACCCUGAUGGUGGUGUGAAAAAGAUAGAUCCAUGCUUAAUUAUUGAGACUGAAGACCGCAACCAGGUUCUGAAGAGGCAUUACCAUGAAAAUCCAUGCAGCGUUGAGGUGGAAGGCAGUCAUUACAAUGAUCAACCUGGGCCCAUUCAGUUGCUUACUGACCAGUUCUUUCUGCACGUAGGUGAAUGGGUUGAACAGAGAAAGGCUCUAACUUACGAGUCUUGUUUUUACUUUGGCUCAUCUGGCUCGCCUGUCUUUGAUGAGCACUGCAAUGUUGUUGCAAUGCAUUCUGGGGGAUAUGCCUACCGCGGUGUAGGUAGUCCUAAACUCCAGAGUGUCAUAGAGUUUGGCCUUUCUUUGUCCGUCAUUAUUGAACGCAUCAUUAUACAGAUAGUGGAAAGAGGAAAGUUUGAUGUGUUGAAGGAAUACCUCGCUUGCAGUUAUUCACAUCAAAACAUGAUGACCAAUCUGAAGAAACUGGUUGAGAGCAGAAAUCUCACAGCAUUUAAAGAUGCGGUCAACAAUUCGGUGGUCACAAAUGAUGAGAGUUUGAAGACGUUCUUUGAAUUCCUCUCUCAGAGAGAGGAACCUCAGCCAAUGGACUUUGUUUGAGUGUGCACAGAUAGUUACAAAGAUAACGGUAAAAGAGUGUUUCAACAGUGAGAGCAGUUUCAGCAGUGAGCAACAAAGGCUGUCAUGUCUGUUUUCAUAUAUCAGGAUACUUUCAUUGUUAAACACCUAAGGAGUGCAGGGAUCAAUAGUCCCCAGUGCUGGGGUACAUGUCGUCAGAUAAGUAAUGUGAAAUGACAGCAAAUUCAAAGAUGUAGUAUGUUUGGGGCAAUAUAGAGGCAUUGUCUCCAUUACAUAGUUUGUCCACCAGGGAGCACUGACUGUAAAGUGGCUGCUUCGGUACAUAUCUUGUUCGCAGUUGUUUAAUAGCAACAUUUAAGGAAUCCUUAUCAGAAAUGUUUGUUUAUCUUUAUUAUUAUUUUUAAAAAGCCUGGCUCUAAUUUCUACCUGUCUAUCUGUCUUUGGGCUGUUUUUAAGAAAAUCACCUUUGAGAUUUUGAUUUCAUCUUAUUUUUUAUAUGUUUUACAUUUAAAAACAGUUGUACAAUAUUGGAUAUUGCAAUAUUCUGUCAUACUGUGAUUGUGUUGAUACCACUGUCUUGUGAAUGUCUCUUGAAAAUGAGAAUUGGAAUUUCAAAGGGAUCUUAUCUGGUUAAAUGAGAUCAUAAGAAACAUUACACAGUUUUAACAAAUUAAUGAUGAUGAUUUAUCGAUAUUCAAUAAAGUGAUUUCUUUCAUA